AUGGACAGCGAUUUUCAUGUACAUGGGUCUGAAGACUUUCCAUUCCCCGUCUCUAUUGUGGAAACCGAUUUUAAAAAUGGGGUUUUCCAAGAAGACCAAAUAGAUCAGUUUUUAUACAAGAACCAUCGAUUCACCUCCCUCGAGAUUCUUAUUCAAGAUUUACAGAAAUUAUCCUCACAACUCAACCAAAACCUACUAGAUUUAGUAAAUAACGAUUAUAACGAUUUUAUCCGUUUGGGGAAAUCCAUCAAUGGUGGUGACGAUCUAAUCUCAACGCUUUCAGAAGACUUGAAAAACUUCAAAAUCGAACUAAACACAUACAAACAGAAAUUCACGUGCAUGGAUGAUGAUGUGGACAAUGCCUUGAAAGCUAGACUGCUACUAAUUGAGCUAAAGACAAAUGUCAAAUUGAAUCUAUUGAUCCGAGAUCAACUAGAAGUGUUUGAUCAAUUAGUGAAAAAUGUACAUUGCAAUGUAGAGCAGCUACGAAAAAUCACCAGUGUCUACUUGUCAAUACUAAACAUCAAUGAGUAUCUAAGCAAAGGAGUCGGCAGUCUACAAGAAAAAAGUCACUUUCAAGACCAGUUUGUUCAGGCCAAGAUCUCAUCUAUAUACCUCGAAUUUAACAGUUUUAUUGACCAUGUUGCGCAAAGAAGUAAACAAGAAAAAGAUAAUGAUUUAAGGUUGGAGGUGGCAAAGAUCAGAGUAGUUUUGCAAAGUAGGUGA